UGCACGUGGAUAUUGUCAACAACAGCUGAUCGAAGCUGAAACUUAGUAAAUAUUCCAAGUAACAGGUACAAAGCCCACUGACAAUAAAGACAGACGAGAAAAAAAUGAUCCACGGACAAUCUUUUAUCGUCAAACUCAAUUCGUCGAGGAACUGUUUCCUUCACUUUUCAGCUUACUGGUUACGAUUAUUAAAUGCCAGUAAGGCAGCGGGGCCGUUUCUCAUCUCAUGGGCAAGAGAGUACCCUGAACCUUUGUCGUCUCCUCCGACCUCUUUGACAAGGCCGUUGGCAGAAUGAGGGUUGGAGGAUUAAAAAUGGAAUAUGGCAAUGAGCAGGUAGCUUUUGUUUCUUGGAGUCCUUAUGCAGACAGUUCUAUUGAACAAAAUGAAGUUUCUGUUAGCUCUGUCUUUGCACAGAAACUAGGGUUAAAAAAUGAGGAUACAGUGCUUAUUUCUUAUUUUCCAAAUGUUGCUGCAGUGAGCAAAGUGUGUGUUUCACCACUGUCAUCUGAAGACUGGGAUCUUUUAGAGUCUAACAGUGUUAAACUGCAGUCUACACUUCUAAACCAAAUUCAUAUUGUAUUUCAAAAUGAACUUUUUGUGGCUUGGGUGUCAAAAAAUGUUCACAUCUCCCUUCGAAUUGAUUCUCUGGAACCUUCUUAUGAAGUUGGUUAUGUGGAAAACUUCACUGAAGUAAUUGUUAAUGACAUUCCAAGCCAGUCUCUCUCUUCACAAGUGCAGGAGACACAACCAUCUUUAGGAUCAAGUAGUGGUAUUUCUUCUGUACCAGAAGUUGAAGACAAUAGUGAAAGUGGAACAGCACAUUUCAGACCAGCAUCUACUCUUUGGAACUCUGUCAGAAAACUGGGGUCAUUUCUCCAGGCAUCUGCAGCCGAAGAGGAAGUGAUUGAUGUGACUCUAAAGAAUUCCAUUAACAAUUCGAAAAUACAGAAAUCCAUUGUGUAUAAAGAUGAUCAAACGUACUUGUAUAGACUUCAGUUACUUCAGUGUAGUGUAGACUUGGUAGAAACUAAUUACCAAGAUGAACUGUUUUUCCAGCCAUACAAUGUAUUUGUGUAUGAAACAGACUUUCCAAGAACAGAUUCAGUGCAUCCAGAAACUGUAAUAUGCAAGCUGUCAGUUGUACCAUUCCAACAAAAGGUGGUGAAAGAAUAUGCUAACCUGUCUUUACCUGUAGAGGAAAACAAGGGAGGUACUAAAAUAACAUCAAGAAACUGUCUCUUUGUGAGACUUGUGUGUUUGGAGUGUGUUGUGCGAAAUGCUUCUGAGAGCAUAAGGACUCGUGUAAUAAAAACAGCUUUGAAGACCAUUCACAGGCCUUUAUUUGUCAGUGAAAUUGUCAUGCAUACUUUAAAUGUUUUGCCCGGGUCAAGGACUACACUAGAAAUGUUGCCUGUGGACAAUAGUUCACAUGUUACUGAAAUUCACUUAUCUGCUAUUGACAGUGUGGAAGAAAGCGACGAAAGUGCGCCAAAGUUAUUUCAGACAUUUGUACAGAAGUACAGCAAGAAACAUGGCAUUCUUCUAAAUUCUGAGACAUUAUUUCCUCUAAGUGCUAUUAUGCCAAAGAAGACUGUAUUGGUAAAAAUAAUUCCUGACAAAUUGGAGUACUGUAUCUUAAACUCAGAAUCUAUGAAGAAGUGUGCUGUGAAGGUUACUGAAUUCUGUGAGAGAACAUCAGAGAUUGAAAAAGAUGAUGAAAGUAAACUUUUGUCAAAAAAUAAUAGUUUUUUUGCUGAGUGGCAGAGGGAUAUACUAAAUGAAGGUUUAACUACACUGGAGGUUGGAUUGCAUUUAGGAGGUUCAUUGCCUCCAGAAAUGUGGCCAAAUCUGAUACUACAAAACAUACUUAUUGUUGGUAAAAGUGGUUCUGGACGAAGUACCAUUGCGAAGAUGCUAUGCAAUGAAGUGAAGGAAUCACCAUAUUAUAUUCAUGUUGUGGAACUUUGCUGCAAGCAUUUGAGAGGAAAAACUGUUGAGACAUUGCAGAGAAUAUUGUUGACAGCCUUAACGGAAUGUGUCUAUUACCAGCCUUCAGUUUUGCUCUUGGAUGAUCUGGAUGCUAUAGCCAGUGCUGUCCAGCUGGAGCACACAGAACACACUUAUUAUGACAGAGUUGCUGAAAUGUUCUGCAUUACAUUAUUGGACUUUCAGAAAUACAAUUAUGUUGCUGUGAUUGCUACAGCAUUGGAACUGGGAAAACUUAAUCCUGCCAUUUCUGAGCCUGAGGGAAGACAUAUAUUUAAAACAAUUCUGGAAAUUCCUGAGCUGAAGAAGGAUGCAAGACUUGAAAUAUUAAGGAACUUGCUACAAGGAAGCUUCAGGGAUAUCCCGAGUUUGAUAACAUUAGAUGAUUUGAAACAUUUUUCCCAGAAGACUGAGGGAUAUGUAUUGCAAGAUUUAAUAGAUUUAGCUGAGAAAACUUUAUUUGAGAGCUGGAAACGAGUUGGUGAUGAAAAAUUGCCAGAAAUAGAGACUAAUGAUUUAGUUAAAGCAUUUGAGAAGAACAUCCCAUUGUCCCUAAGAGAUGUGAAGCUUCAUCAUGAUACUUCUCUGUCUUGGGCUGAUGUUGGUGGCCUUCUUAAAGUAAAGGAAAUGUUAACUGAACUUUUCCGGUGGCCAUCACAGUAUCCAGAAUUGUUUGAGCAGUCUCCUUUACGUCACCAAAGUGGUGUCCUGCUGUAUGGAUCUCCAGGAACUGGGAAAACACUUCUGGCUGGUGCCAUGGCCCAAGAGUGUGGACUGAAAUUUAUUAGCAUUAAGGGACCUGAACUGCUUUCAAAAUACAUAGGAGCCAGUGAAGAAGCUGUAAGGAAUCUUUUUAUAAGAGCACAGAGUGCCAAGCCAUGUAUACUCUUUUUUGAUGAAUUUGAUAGUUUGGCUCCAAGGCGUGGCCACGAUAGUACAGGUGUCACAGACCGUGUUGUCAAUCAGUUGUUGACUCAGUUAGAUGGUGUAGAAGGUCUGCAGGGUGUCUGGGUAUUGGCGGCUACCAGUCGCCCUGACCUGCUUGAUCCAGCUUUGCUUCGUCCUGGAAGAAUUGAUCAUACUGUUCUCUGUACCCUUCCAACAGAGGAAGAUCGUUUAUCAAUAUUAAAAGUUCUCAGCCGGAAAGUUGAACUUUCUGAUGAUGUGGACCUUUCAAAGAUAGCUCAGAAGUCACCAGGCUUUACAGGAGCUGACCUUCAGUCAUUACUGUAUACAGCACAAAUAAUGGCACUGGAAGAACAACAAGGCUCAACGGAAACUGUAGGUGACUUAUGUGAAUCACUUAGUGUUCCUGUGACUCAGAAAUUGGAGCUCGCUCCUGUCAUCACGCAACAUCAUUUGGAAACAUCGCUAAAGAAUACGAGACCCUCUUUGUCGCCGGCUGAAAAGGCGAAGUACGAUAUAAUCUACCAGAAGUUCGAGAAGUCCCGUAGCGGCAGCCUGAAGAACAAGUCGAAGGUGGAGAGGAUGGUGCAGAGAGCGACACUGGCGUGAAACUUUUCAUUCUGGACUCUGAGGCAUUAUUAUAUUCGCUUUGUACUUUGAAAGAGUUACAAAGUUCAGUUUAGUUCCAGCUAAGUUCAGUAUAAACAAUGAGAUCGUAAGGUGCGCUUCAAAAAAGGCAAACCAAGCUGAAUACGUCCUUCAUACAUUUUUUCCUCUUCCUGGAGAUGCAUCUGUAGCUUACAUUCUAAAUGCUUCCGUCAAGUCAAUAAUCUGAACCGAAGUUCCCGGUACUCCAUAAUAAGAUUGAAUAUACGAAGAGUAAUUUGUUCUGGCUUAUGUAGCUGAAAGACUGUGCAUCAGUCAUAAGAUUAGGCCAGUCCGUAGUAAUAUUUUCGAGAUGAUCAAACACAUUUAUGAGAAAAGAAAAUUGCUCUCUUUGAAAGUCCCACCUUCCUUGUUGGUGACUAACAAGUUCGCUACUUACGAGGAACUGUUCAUGCAUCACCUUUGCUUCCUCUGCGCUGUACCUCCAUUCCGUUUAGACAUUUACUCAACUAACAUUUCAUUUCACAUGGAGAAUAAGUUUACGUGUGCGUUUCCUGCUCGUAACACAGUUUAUUUCUGCUUCAUAAGUCCCUGUUUUCAUUUGACGUAUUCACCUAGAAUAUCGAAUAUCGCUUUCGACUCCUAUUAACAGACAGUGCCUCAGGCCGGUUAUUUAAGUAAAUCGUGGGGAAUCUACUUAAGAGAUUGGGAAGUUAGUGCUUUCCAGUGACGAUGCUCACAUUUGCCAAAGAAUUCUUAUAUUUUUGUUAGCAGCUUUUUUCUGGGUAUCCUUAUUUUCUUUGAAUUUAUUAUAUACUUUGGGGUAUAGUGAAACUACUUGUAUCUAUUUUCUUUUUAAUUCUGUAUUGAUUGGGUUUUUUAACAUUAUAUGCUUAUUAAUUUUUUAUACGUUCAACAUGGUGGUAUUUCAGUUUUGAUGCAUUACAACUCCUAUUUCAAAGCAAACUGUGCAACUAUGAACUUUUUUUUUUGUUCCGUAGAAGGCGAUUCUGUCGCAUUAUGAUCCAUGACAGUUGAAUCUCAGGUAUGUUUCUUAGCAACGCAACAGGCAUCAUUUCUUCCAAUUCAUCUUUGGCGUCAGACCAUUACCUCAAUUCAGAUUCACAGCAUUUGCUCAGUAAAGAUAAGACUGUUUCCCAGAUAGUACAAAUGUUUUACCAAGUUGGUUUACGACAAGUAUGUGCAGUUAACGAGAACAGUAAAAGUAUAGUACCUUAAUCUCCGUUUCCUCACUCCCCUCGACAACGGGGAAAUAUAUAUAUUUUUUCCACCUGUUGCGCCAGGGAGAACAAUAGGUGAUCGCGUUUGCCGGAAUAUUAUUGACUGGAUUGACAAAGGAUAUUAUUUUCGAUGUCAAUUGUCAUUAGCCGUUAUUAGGUGUUUGUGUCCGACCAGUUAGAUACAAUGGACGGUGAUUGCGAGCGAGCAAGAGGGUCGGAGGUCUGUAGCGUCAUUGUGCGGACGCUGUGUUAGGGAUCGCAAUGGCGGGAGUGAACGGCUCGCUAUUAUGUAGACUGGCGAGACCUUACGGAGGUUAAUACUCUAUAUAUAGCAGUUCAAAUGUUAUUUUUUAUAAGUACAAAUGGGUUUUAUACUUGUUAAAUGAAUAAAUGAAUGUUGCAUAUUA